AUGCAUUGCUGCUGCUAUGUGCACAAUAACGACUUGAAACCUCCGGCUUCCCAGAAUUUGCCAGAUAUCACCGAAAAUGUUGCAGUUAGCCAGCCCCUUAGUUUUGCCAAACGUUACCCAGUGGACAACGCUUAUAACAGCCGAGUACAUAAGUCAGUCUCAAUGGAAAGCAGCCGGCGGUGGUUUGCGGAUCUUGUUGCAGAACAAAUUCAGUCUGGUCGUCUAUUCGAAGACAAGCAGAUGCCUGCAAACGACGCUUUCGUAAAACGAAAUGCCAGUCCAUACAGCAGGGAAUUCCGAUGGCUUAGACCACAAGAACUGACUCGCAACCCCAAGUUCAUUAUCGAUGGUGUCAGUCGAUUUGACGUACGACAAGGCGAGAUCGGUGAUUGCUGGUUCCUAGCAGCUCUAUCCUCCCUCUCUAUGUACACCGAUUUACUGGAGAACGUCGUCCCUGUUGGACAGUCCUUCGAAACGCAUGGCGCUGCCACGGAAAAGUUCUUUCCCUACUGCGGUAUGUUCUGGUUCCGGUUCUGGCAGUUUGGUGACUGGGUCGACGUGGUGAUAGAUGACCGACUACCCACGAGAAAUGGCCACCUAGUAUUCAUGCACUCAUCAAAUCGCAACGAGUAUUGGUCUGCGCUGCUUGAAAAAGCGUAUGCAAAACUCCUUGGUAGCUACGAAGCGAUGCACGGUGGGAACACUUCUGAGGCGAUGGAAGAUUUCACAGGAGGUCUGACGGAGUUUCUGGAGCUUGGCACCUACAAUCCACUACCAUAUCUCUUUCGAAUUAUAGAGAAAUCUAAUGAACGGCGAUCCCUAAUGGCAUGCUCGAUUGACGCCAGCCCGGAUCAGAUGGAGGCUGAUGGUCCAUUCGGUUUAGUACUGGGUCACGCUUAUUCGGUUACAGAUGUGAAGCGAUUUGUUCACGUGAGUAAAGCCGAGGGACCUCGACAGCUACAGCUUCUUCGUCUACGUAACCCGUGGGGUAACGAUAGAGAAUGGUACGGCCCAUGGAGCGAUCGGUCGAAUGAGUGGAACGGCAUAUCUGCAUCGGAGCGAAAACGAAUUGGCCUCGUGUUCGAACAUGACGGCGAAUUCUGGUAUGUGCAAUUUGGUCCACACGGACAACAAACAGAAUGCUAUACGUUAUUUUCAUUCAUAUCGGGGUCUGGGUGUCGCAGCUCUGCCUAG